CCAAGAUGACAAUUGCAAGGGAAAGGGACAUGCCCGGUGCAGCCCAUUUUGUAGGUAGUAAGAUACUGGCUUCCAGACCCCAGGCUUCUAUCAGGGGUUCAGAGGCUAGCCCCCCCUCCAUCAUGGCUGUUCAGCCCCAACUUGCUGGGUCUUUUGGCAAGCAGCCAAGCCCAGGGCAGCCACCUCCCAUCCAGACUCAAAGCCUCAUCCACGAUCCGGUCAAUGGAACUCAGGGUAUAGAAAAGAAAGUCAGUUCUGAUCCUCAGAAGACCUCAGAAGACAUCAGAACAGAGGCUCUGGCCAAGGAAAUUGUCCACCAAGAUAAAUCUCUGGCAGACAUUUUGGAUCCAGACUCCAGAAUGAAGACGACUAUGGACCUGAUGGAAGGUUUGUUUCCCCGAGACGUUAACUUGCUGAAGGAAAACAGUAUAAAGAGGAAGGCCGUGCAGAGAACUGUCAGCUGCUCAGGAUAUGAACGCAACAG